AUCCAUUUCAAUGGUGCAGCUUUCCCAAGCCCCUCUCCGUCGCCCAUCAUCACCGUCAGGCCGGUCAGAGGAGGGGGAGGAUAAGAGCAUGAAGGCGGCCAAGCAGCAGGUGAACCCGUCUGGGGAGAGCCAGCCUCCCUCCAGCCCCCUGCAGUCUGCGCUGAACUCGGCAGCCUCUCCUUCCCAGGCGUAUGAGACUUACAUUGAUAAUGGGCUUAUCUGCCUCAAACAUAAGAUCAGGAACAUUGAGAAAAAGAAGCUCAAACUAGAAGACUACAAAGAUCGCCUGAAGAAGGGAGAAGCCCUCAAUCAAGACCAGUUGGAGGCAGUAGAGAAAUAUGAUGAAGUAGUACACAAUUUGGAAUUUGCCAAGGAGCUUCAGAAGACUUUUUCAGGACUUAGCCAAGAUCUGCUGAAAGCACAGAGGAAGGCUCAGCGAAGAGAGAGUCUAUUGAAGCUUGAAGCAGAGAAGAAAAAACUGCGUACAAUACUUCAAGUCCAGUAUGUGCUGCAGAACUUCACUCAAGAGCAUGUUCAGAAAGAUUUCAAAGGUGGUGUGAAUGGUGCAAUAUACUUGCCUUCUAAAGAACUAGACUACCUCAUAAGAUUUGCAAAACUGACAUGUCCAGAAAGAAAUGAGAGCUUGAGUGUGGAAGACCAGAUGGAACAAUCAUCUCUUUACUUCUGGGACCUUCUAGAAGGAAGUGAGAAACCUGUGGUUGGAACAACAUAUAAACACAUGAAGGACCUGUUAUCCAAACUUCUAGACUCUGGCUACUUUGAAAGUAUUCCGACUCCUCGCACCACUGUGCCAGUAAAAGAAUUGGAAGAAGAAGUAAAUAGAAAAUCUGAGAGAACAAGACAGAUGUCAAAAGGAGAGUCUGUCAAAGAACCAGAAUCCAUUAUGGAGCUUAUGAAGUCUGAAAUACAGCCACAGGAGUUUCUCAACAGGCGUUAUUUGCCUGAAGCAGAAUACUCUGUCAAGAAGAAGCCAGAAGAGCCCAAAUCUUGGGAAGCUGAGUGUGCUAGAAAGCAAGAACCUCCAAAGUCCUGGGAAAUGCUUGUUGAUAUUGAAGAUCAGGACCAGAAGCAGAAACAAGAGACCUUAAAGCCUUGGGAAGCUCGUGUUAGGCAGCAAGAACCAAAAAGAUCAGAUUCUCCAAAGCCUUGGGAAGCUCGUGUUAAAGAAGAAGAACAGAAGCGUGAGUCUACAAAGCCCUGGGAGACCCGUGUUCAGGAGGAAGAACAGAAGAAGCAAGAAGCUCCAAAGGCCUGGGUAGCACGUGUCCGAGAGGAGCAGGAGUCCCCCAAACUUUGGGUAGCAAAGGUUAGGGAAGAGCAGGACCAGAAGAAACAGGAAUCACCUAAGCCAUGGGUAGCAAAAGUUAGGGAAGAGCAGGAACCGAAAAAGCAGGAGUCCCCGAAACCUUGGGUAACCAAAGUUAAGGAAGAACCAGAACAAAAGCAGGAAUCUCCAAAACCUUGGGUAACCCAAACUAGGGAGCAACCAGAACAAAAGAAGCCAGAGCCUGUGAAAUCAUGGGAAAUGCCUGUUAGGGAAGAGCCAGAGCAAAAGAAGCAGGAGCCUGUGAAGGCUUGGGCUGCACAUGUUAGGGAGGAGCCAGAACAAAAGAAGCAGGAGACCCGAGAGGCUUGGGAAAAAGCUGACAGGCAGCAACAAGUGUCAUCACAGCAGUUACAGAACCCUCCGAAGUCCUGGGGAGCUGCAAGUGUUGGGCCAAAGGAGCAGAUGGGGCCAAAGAAGUUUGAUAUGGAACCCAAAGAAGAGUCCAUUCUGGAUUUUGAUAAAGCUUCACCAAGUGCCAUUGGUUCAUCCCAACCACCUUCAGCUACUCCAGCAAGUAGUCCUGUAGCUUCAAAAGAACAGAAACUGCCAAGUCAGAGUGAUUUCCUUCAACAGCCCCUUCAAGCUGCUGCUUCAUCCAUGACACUGCAUGGUUCAAAUACUUCCCUAGCAUCUGCUGAUCAGACUCUUUCUGGCUCUGAAACUGAGGACUUGGUGACACCACAGGCAACUAUUCCCCUCCCAAGUGAGCCACAGUCACCAUUGCCUACUUCAAGCACCUCCAUGUCACCAGUACCACCAGCGCAAAGCUUUCAGUCUCCUCCAGCAAGUAGCAGUUCUGUCACAAUAACAGCAGCUCCCUUUCAGGCUAUGCAGACUGUAUUUAAAGUGAAUGCGCCACUGCCUCCGCGUAAAGACCAGGAAAUUAAAGAGGAUUCUUCGUAUUCGUCAGGAUAUAACCAGAGUUUCUCUACAGCAAGUACACAGACUUCUCCUCAAUGCCAGUUGCAAUCCUCUCAUGUUGCAGAACAAACCUCUCUUUCACAAGAAUCUCUCUCUUCAGCAGUGAAUUAUCAACCUGAUGGAGCUGUUCCUGUUAGCAAUGGUAGCCUUGCCUUUUAUCCAGCACAGACUAAUGUUAUUCCCAGACCCCCCCAGCCUUACCUUAACAGUCGUGGGUCUGUCAGAGGAUCUGCUAGAGGUGGAAGGUCACUGGCUAAUUCAUACCGUUCGCCUGGUGGGUACAAAGGGUUUGAUGCUUACAGAGGCACACCUUCAAUAACUAAUGGUAACUAUGGCCAGCUGCAGUUCCCUGGUAGAGAUUAUGCUGGAAUGCCAUAUUCUCAGAGGGAUGUUAAUUACCAGCAGUGCUAUAAACGAGGUGGGAUAACUAGUGGUCCUCGAGCAAAUUCAAGAGCAGGGUGGAGUGAUUCCUCUCAGGUGAGCAGUCCAGAACGAGACAAUGAAACCUUUAACAGUGGGGACUCUGGACAGGGAGACUCCCGCAGCAUCACCCCCGUUGAUAUGCCAGUGACGAGCCAAGCUGCCACCAUACUACCAGUGCAUGUCUACCCCCUCCCGCAGCAGAUGAGAGUUGCCUUCUCUGCUGCUAGAACAUCUAAUUUGGCCCCUGGAACUCUAGACCAGCCAAUUGUGUUUGAUUUGUUGCUGAACAACCUUGGAGAAACUUUUGACAUCCAGCUUGGUAGGUUCAACUGUCCGGUGAAUGGUACAUAUGUCUUCAUCUUCCACAUGCUGAAACUGGCUGUAAAUGUUCCCCUGUAUGUGAAUCUCAUGAAGAAUGAAGAGGUCCUAGUGUCAGCAUAUGCAAAUGAUGGGGCUCCUGAUCAUGAAACAGCUAGUAACCAUGCAGUCCUGCAGCUGUUCCAGGGAGAUCAGAUCUGGUUGCGUCUGCAUCGGGGAGCCAUAUAUGGAAGUAGCUGGAAAUACUCCACCUUUUCGGGAUACCUCCUUUAUCAGGACUAAAAUCCAGUGCGAUGUUUACAAAAGAGCUGCUCCAAACACCUUGGUGGAGGGGGGUGGGACUAGCUUUGCACUUACUACUGACUUUAUAGAAGAUAUGUGGUUCCAUUAUUGGGGGAAAUGAUGGUCCUGUUGUGCAAGGUGAAAUCAUGGAGUUGGGGUACUGAAUCAGCACUAAUUUGGCACUUUAUCAGUUGUGAUGUAGCCUUGCUAGUAAAGCUGUGAAUGUAUAUUGUUUGCACUUACCCUAAACUGUAUUAAUGUCCAGCUUACUACACUAUUGAUUGCCUCAAGUAUGGGCUAUUCACAAUGCCUUGUUGUGCCUCAAUAAAACAAGUUAAUAUGCAUUUUAG